AUGGCCUAUACUCGACUGUCGGAUGACGCCUCGAUUGAGAGUUCAUACGAGAAAGUAGAACCAUCUGAGUCACCACUACACAGUUUCUUUAGGUACUUCUCGUACAAGAACCUGUUUGGCGCCUUUCUUGUUCUGUGGAUAGCAACAUUGGCCAUGCUUGCUUGGGUUUGGGGGCAGAAGACCUCGACCUACGGUAACCAUGCAGCGAACUUGUUGCCAUUUCCUCCAGUGCCAUCCCGCAUUGUCACUUUCAACCCAAACCCAAAGUUCCACUACACAGCCAAAGAUGCAGGCGGGCCCGCAUGGUCCGCUUUGAUGCCCAAUGAUGGGGGAAUCGUCUCUAUAGCCGACCCCAAAAGGUACCAGCUACCCGUGAGCUAUAAGGAUCGAAACGUCUCUAGCUCGGAAGUAUUUUCCAUGUCCAUGUUCCAUCAGCUACACUGCCUGAACUCCAUUCGAGUGCGGCUCGGGACAUUGGAAGGCUUCAUCAACAAUACUGCCGCUGGUAUACACAGAAGGGAUGUUUUCGCGCCGGAGUCGCAUGUGAACCACUGCUUCGACUAUCUUCGCCAGGCUAUCAUGUGCGCAGGAGAUCUAUCUUUGGAGCACUCUGUUGUUCCUGAGGAGUUCGGGUUCAACGGUUGGGGAACAUCGCACCAGUGUGCAGAUUGGGAUGCUAUGUGGGAUAUUGCGGUGCAACAUCAGUACGAUCAGGGUGUUGGGCAACAAGCGAAUCGUGAUGAGUAG